CAAUGCCGUGAAAGUAUUGAUCGGUUGAUGUUUAUUUGCACUCGGUAGAAGUCGGAAUAUUUUCUGGUGAUGGAAUUCCGUUAUCUUCAUGUGUCGACUCAGUUCAAAUUAAUCGUUUAUACCCUAUUUCUGCUGAUUCAUUCAAGCAUUCAAGAGUCGGCCCAAUCUGCAACUAACAUCCCGCGAUACUCGUUCAAAGAGUACUCUUACGUUGCUUUACCGAAAUAUGAAACUUACUUUCAAGAAUUCCAGUCUGCGUGUAAACAGAACCCGUCGUGCCAGCUAUUAGAGGGUGUUGAUCGGCUUAACUGCAUUCGUGAAUGCAUCUCUCCUUCGUGCUACAUUGAACUCUACCAAGGCGACAAGUUGGAAGUUGGUGAGAUUGACGUUCGUUUCGAGUCAUUCAAGGGUUGCUUCAUCCAGCGCGGAAUCCGACGUGGCUGAAAACAAAAAAAAAACAUAUCCAUCGUUUGACUAGUUUAUCAAGUUAUACCAAUUUAUAUGAAAUAAAUCGUCCAAAAGACAA